UCGGACUCCCGGCCACCGUACUUACCAGGGGGGAGGAGGUGGGGAUAGAGCAUCCAAGAUGGCGCUGCGCUCAGUUUGCGCCGCUGUGCUGCGGACCGGGACAGAUUUAGGGGUCAAUAACGCGAGGACAAUUGUUACAACAGCGGUCCUGGGCAGGCGGGUGCCUCCGCUGGGCCCGAUGCCCAACGAGGAGAUCGACGUGUCGAACCUGGAGUCUCUGGAGAAGUACCGCAGCUACAACUGCUACGUCAGACAGGCCGAGGAGGCCAAGAACGAGCGCGUGUGGUGGAAGACCUACAGGAGCUACCUGGAGCAAGCCGAUCACGGAGCCGAGCGGGUGGACAUCGGGCUGCCGUACUGUCGCCCCAGCAGGACCAAAGAGGUGAAGGAGAGGAGGCAAGCGAUGCGGGAAAACAAGAGGAACGUUGAGUUGGAGAGGGCCUCCCGUCUUCGCACCUUGAAGAUCUCCUUGGAUCGGGUGCAGCAAACCUGGGAGAAGACCGGCAGACCGUCGGACGUGAAGAAGCUGGCCGACCACUACGGGGUCUUCAGGGACCUCUUUCCAAUGGCGUAUUUUCUACCUCAGGUCACCCUGCGCGUCAGCUACAGCCAGGGCGCUGAUGGCCAAGUGCAUCAUGGGAAUCAGCUGACACCUGCUGAGGCAGCGUCCGCCCCCCGGAUCAGCUACGAGGCAGAGGAGGGCUCCCUGUGGACGCUCCUGCUCACCUCUCCAGAUGAGCAUCUUCAAGAUAACGAGGCAGAGUACCUCCACUGGCUCGUGGGGAACAUUCCAGGCGGAGACGUGCGGGCCGGAGAGGAGCUGUGUCACUACCUGCCGCCCUUCCCUGCCAGAGGAACGGGCUUCCACCGCUACGUUUACAUCCUCUUCAAGCAGGAGAAACCCAUCAGCUUCCAGGAGGACGUCCGCCCGGCGCCGUGCCACUCCCUGGUCGAUCGCACCUUUAAGACGAUAGAUUUCUACAGAAAGCAUCAGGACGACAUGACGCCUGCAGGCCUGGCCUUCUUCCAGUCCCAGUGGGAUGAAUCUGUUACCAGCACCUUCCACGACACACUCGGCAUGAAGGAGCCGGUGUACGAGUUCAUCAGACCUCCGGUCUACCACCCUCCACAAGUCAGGUUUCCUCACAAGAAGCCCCUACGCUACCUGGAUCGCUACAGAGAUGGGAAGAAGCACACUUAUGGCAUAUACUGAUCACGAGAAACGCGUGCAGUUGGAAACUCAUAAUCUUGGAAGUGUGGAAUUGGAUUGGACUAUUUAUGUUCUUAGCAUCCUAAUAAAGCAUUUCCCAAAUGUG